UAUCUAAGUAUAAACUUCAGCGUACAAUUUCAGCCAUGGUUUAAAUUCAUGAAAUUGAUCGAGGAUACACACGAGAGCGGUCUGGUAGAUUGUGACUUCACACCAUGCCGAGAUUUCCAGGACAUGGAGUUUUUGAUUGGUUCCAAGAGAAUAAGAUAUGUGCCCAAUGCUGGUGGCAAUUCGGUCAAUUCCGAAGUGCUGUCUUUCGAAUUGUUGGGUCGAUGUUUCGGAGCUAGAUUGGUCAAGACUGAAAUGGAGGUUUCUUAUUUCCCCCAGGGUGGCUCCAUAACAGAUUACGUAACAGAGAUUGGUGGCACAGUUCUUGGAGUGUCUGUGACCAGAGCUAUGAAAUAUUUCGGAGACUAUACAGAAGAGGAUGCUCAUCACUUAUUGAUGAAAAAAUUGAGAGGGGUGAACCAAUCUUCACGUAAUACCUGCGAAUCGUGGACCAAACAGAUUCUCCACGUCUGGACGACCUCGGCACACGUCACUGACGUCAUCACCAGAGUCUACGACAGUGACAUCCCAGAGGACCUCAAGAGUAACACAUUAGUAUUGGUGUCAACCGCUGCUGAAUCCGACUUCAUCUUCAGCAACAGCUGA